CCGAGCUCCGGCUGGGCUGCACGACCACGCGUCAAAUUUUCUAAUUUGUGUUUUCAAUAAUGACUCUCCUGUCAAAUCAUACGGCACCCUAUUCAUUAGGCUAAUUACGGCUAAAGCGAGGCAAUUGGGCCCGAGCUUAUUGUUUCCCGCUAAUGACGCUCAAGUGCUUUUUGAGUGUCCCGUCCUAGUGCUCCCGUCAUCCUUCGUCUUCGAUUUUCGGAUUUUUUUCUCCCGCGACCCGCGCCCCCCAUGCUUCCCGGAUUUUCGCACCCCCAUUUUCGCUGUUCACCCCCAAUAACCCCCGGUGCGACUUUUUGUGGAUAGUUCGCCUUUGAUGCGGUCAUAGAUGAAUUCCUUUUUUUCCAAUUCCGCGCUUCAGUGAAUUUAGUUUUCGAGAGUGUCUUCAAAACAAUGUUCGUUCGGGAAAUCAGUGGAAAUCGAUAUAAUUAGUGAUCCAUCGUGUUCCUAUUGAGUGCGCAAAUCUAGUUUGAAAUUUUAUGAAUGGAUAUAAUCGUGUUUUCUAGUGUUCGAGGAAUAAGUUCACCACUACUUUUAAAGAAAAAACAAAAGUGUUGAAUUUUCUACGAAUUAUUCAUUAAUAUUGGAUUAAGCGAUUCAUCUAAAAAAAAAAGAAAAAGAAAAAAAGGUGUGCGGGAGCCUUGCUGAAUAGUGAGGGACCCUCGGUGGGAUUCUCGGUGAGGCAGGGCUCGGACGAGCCGGGCCUAGCCAUCGCCGCCACGCGCCGCGCCGCGCCGCGAUCGAGCCUUGGCCCCCGUAAUUAGUGCCGAGCUUGGGAGCCAAUUCAUCACGCUGAAUUACGCGGAUUUGGGGAGCCCGUUCGGCCGGGGCGGAGCCGGGGGCGCCCCGAGCCCGGGGGUGGCAAGCACGCCGACGGCGACGCCGAGCAUGGGCGCCGGCGACAUGGAGCACGGGGCCCACCACCAGCACCCCCACAUUAACCCCCACCCCUCGCACCCCACUCACCCGGACACGGGGCCCUCCCCGGUGCCCACCUCCAAGUCGGCCUUCAUCGAGCUCCAGCAGCAUCCUUACAACCCCAUCCGAUCCUCCUACCACCCCCAUCAUUUCACCCACCAGAGCCCCCAGCCGGCCCCUGGACCCGUCCCCCACCACCAUGCCGUCGAGUCCGCCGCCGGCUUCCCCAGCCCCCGCCACCCUCCGCCCCUCGGCGGUGCCUACCCCUUCUCGCAGAGCCCCUACGGAUAUCUCACUUCCUACUCCCAGCAGUGUCCGUCCCCCACCAAAGAUGAUAAAUGCGGGGUUGACGAUGGGACGCUCCGGGUGAACGGGAAGGGGAAGAAAAUGAGAAAACCGAGAACGAUCUAUUCGAGUCUUCAAUUACAGCAAUUAAAUCGGAGAUUUCAACGGACGCAGUACCUUGCUCUACCCGAAAGGGCCGAGCUAGCGGCCUCUCUCGGCCUUACUCAAACUCAAGUUAAAAUAUGGUUUCAAAAUAGGAGAAGUAAAUACAAGAAAAUGAUGAAAGCUGCUCAGCAAGGGUCGACGCCAAACAGUGUUCCUUCGAGUAUAUCGGAUCGUGGUUUUGGAGGUGGAGGUGGCACGCCUCAUACCCCGGGCAUGCCCGGUAGCCCGCAGCCCCCCGGCGGAAUGUUGGGAGGGAACGGAUCUUCCUCAGGUAGCCAACCUAGUCCUUCAGGAGGCUAUAUGCAGUCUCACGGGGGGCAUCAGAGUCCCACAACCCCUAGUUCAACUCCGGUCGGAGAUAUGUCACCUCAACCUCAUGGAAUGUCCGGGUCGCCGCCCGUAGCCUCGUGGGAUAUCAAACCUAAUAUAGGUCAAUCCACGCACCAUCAUCCUAAUAGUUAUAUGCCUCAAUACGGGUGGUAUCAGCCGGACGCUAAUCAACCUUUAUUAACGGUUUGGCCUACUGUAUAACAAAGAAGUAAAACAAUUCCUCUAAGCGUAAGUUCAUAAAAAAUACAAAAGUAUCCAUAGCUAAAUCUGGUGAGCGACGAUUGAUACCACUUUAAUGGUUGAUACCAAUUCAUAAAAUUAUGAUCAACUCUGUCAUGAAUGUGAUUUCAAUAUUAUAAUUGUUAUUUUUCUUGUUUCUUGUUUUCGUUUCCUUUUUUUAUUUAAUUUAUUAAUUUAAUUUUAAUUGUGAGCAUGCCCGAGAUUGCGAAUGUGUUUAAGAUGAAAUAAAAAACAAACAAACAAACAAACAAACAAGCAAAAAAGAAAGCAUAAACCCAAGGGUUCUCUUCCACAAAAUCUCGCUCAAUAAUUAAUGGCUAUGUGCGCAUCUUACGAAGACUACAAAUACACGAGACUGCUGGGCAAAAAACAGGGAAAAGAGACCCACUAGAUGAAAUGAAUAUGUCUACGUAUGCUGUUAAUAAUUUUCCCCCCAAUUUCCUAUCAUUUAUAAGAUCGUGAACACCUGAAGUUCAUGAAACCGGUGAAAAAGGAAUAGAAAAACGUAGAAAUAAAAAUCAUCAUAAGAAAAGUUUCAUAAUUUCCUCUCCGAGUAAGAAUCAAUGUAAAGUCGAAUUCGACUUUCAAUUUUACUCUUGUGGACAAGGAAUCUGAAAAUGUUUGUUAGAAAGAAAACCUAGCAAAUUUGGACCAAAAUUUGGGCUUUCUCAAAUUUCUUCGUUCAUUGCAAGUUGCAAGUCAUACGAUUACAGAAAACUUGAACAUCAGAUGUAACCUAUUUAAGUGAGAGUUGGGUACCUAACUGUUUACAGUUUUGCCUUACCGUAAGGUUUUCACCCAUACUGUAAUAUUUUAAUUCCUUCUCGUCCUUAAUAUUGAAUGAUAUUCAUGAUAUGUACCAUUUGUGAUAAGUUUUGUGAAAUCUUGAAACUUUUGACAUACCGAUGACCUAUUGUAACGUCGUUACGUUUCCAUGCGAUUGCCGCCAAAGCAUGUCGAAUUUCUGUAUUUCUCCUAGUUUCUCUUUUUCCUACCAUUAUGUAAUUAAAGUGCAGAGUUGUUAGAGUCACAGUUCCUAUUUAUCGAUCGCUAGACGUGAGAAUAAGUAUGCUUUAUGUUAGAGUAAUUACUUGUAAGUUCCCAACGCGUUUUCUGUCUGUGAAAAUAAGUAGGGACAAGGUUUUUAGUAGGUUUAAGAUAAAUCAUAUAAUUGGAUAGUAAAAUUUACCUACACGUGUACGAUGUGUGGUUUUCACCGUUUUGAGAAAAGCUGCUCAAAUAAUAAUACUUAUGUGCUUUACAUAAUUCUCUCGAUGAACCAUCUGUGAGGAAUAUUUUCCCCAUCCAUACUUUGCGUUUGUUAAUGUAGUCUUUACGCGCAACAUUGGUUUUGGAUGAAUCACAAAAAGAGGAUACAAAAUUACAAACAUUAAAGUAAAUAAAUCGUCAAAAAUAAAAAUAUAACUGACACAGAGUGGGCAUCAGAUUUUUGAAAAUGAAAAAAUAACUAUAGUGGAAGAGCUAAUUUAAACAAGAGGGUGAAAUGGUGCUGGAUCCAAACCAUUUCGAGGGGAAAACAAAGCCAAACAGUUCCGAGAAGUUCUGUUAAAGUGGAAAAAUACUCAUCAGAGCUCAAAAUUUUUUUAUAACUCUAAUUGAAAUUUUUGGAAUUUUUUAGCUCAUUAUUACACUUCCGGCCAUAUCUUAGUUGACUUUUUUUCAUGAAUAUUUUAAAUGAGUCCCAAUACCCACUACCGAUUGUGAUUUAAAAAAUUACGCUUGAUCCAAACGUUGAAUAGUUAAGCUGGGGAAUUUUUGAAUGAUGGAAAUACUUACAUCAGUUCUCAAUAUUGCUGGAAUAAGCGGCAUUAAGGAGAUUCCCACAAUGUAAGCUAUGGUGUCAUCGUUCAUACUACAGAUAAGUUGUUGACCUUUCUUUGUCACGUAGACGUAUCUCAAUUCAAUUAGCCCAUUCAUGCCGUUGGCCUCCUGUAAACAAACAUGAAACGACUGAAGUUUUUCAGUUGGACAUUUACAAUCUGAUCCUUGACAAACCGGAACUACGCACACAUUUUCCAAAGGCACGAUUCAGGGAGAGGGGUGCGGGUGGUACAAGUUUACACAAAAGUGCAGAAACAGAAGAUCCCAUCACGCAAAUAUUCCUACGCAAAGUUUCAUUGUCGCCUCUUUGUAAAAGCUGCGGCCUAGCUGGAAUAUUUUACUGCAUUUUAGUGCCAAAUUUGUCUGGCAAAGCUAUAUAGACAUUAUUACUGAUUAAAAACAUUGCAGAAGAUCGAUGUUUUCAACUAAUAAUUAUAUAUUCUACUGUCUUGUUUAGGAGUCUCCGUACCUAUUAGCAUUUGAAUUUUGCCAAAUUCUCUUUGGAUAAAAUGAUGGUCUUGGUGAAUAAUUGUGAAUAUUCUUUCACGGAAUUUUCAGAGAUUUUAGAGGAAAAUGCGAAGCAAAUCCUUCGCAAACUUCAAUGAGAAAUAUUUAGAGGUUUUUUAGCAGAUAUAUAUUUUCUACAGAAAAUCUGCCGACGUUCAAAUGCUCACACGACCUUUUUCCUCAGCACGUUAGUAUCUGCAGCGCGGCGGGCUUAGCGAUGUAUCGAUUGCUCUACCAUUUCAACUUACAGAAAAGGAUCAGUAAACAGGGUGUUCGCAACGGACACCUCAAAAAUCAUUCUUUACCAUAUUCAAAUGGGGAAAUGUCGAUAAUCGAUUAUUCACGCUUCGCCACUGGUUAGUAUGGGUAACCCAUUAGAGCAUUGCAAUCGCGUGAGAAGCUUUGAAAGUACUUGCAUUUUCUUCGGUGACAGCAUGCCAGUCCUAUUGAACUUGGAAACACGGUUACAUUUCACUGAGGGGCAUACACUAUGAACACUGUCUGAGGCAUACUCUCUGUUCCAAGUUCUCUUCUGAUACCUGAACUUAAUCUGCUUAAUAUACAGUUUCGUGAGAAAAAUAUCUUUUCUGCAAUAUCUCCACUUUUUGAGGGAUGCAAAUUGUGUAAUUUUAGUCUCGUGCAUUCAGUUUCUUUCAGAGUAUAUUUUCGUUCGCAAAUGAGAUCUGGCAGAAGAAGAAAAAACAUAAUUUUGAAAAGGGAAAAAAUGUGGAAUUAUUUUCAUUUUCAUUUUUAUAUCUAUCGAAAUUAUGUCCUUCGAUGAAAACUAUUUUCUCGUUGUUCAUACCAAGUAAUACUGUCCCUAGCUACUGUCGUGAGAAGUAGCAUAAGUUUUUAUCUACUAAUACCUGAAAAUUCUCAGGAAUCAUAAGACCACCUAGCGCAGGUUGUUGACAUCUGAAAAUCAACACUCCAUCUGGUAGAUUAGGACUUCGAUAGCAAUAAGUUGACAGAAUUCAGUAAAGAAUUAUUAAUUCGACAGAGCAGUUUAGGUCAAGUUUAGUGAGUUCGUGGGUUAGCUCAAUUACAUAGACUUUCUCUAUAGGUAUCUUUAUAUUUUUUUAGAGUAAUUUUUCUCAAUAAUUAUAAUUAUUUGAUUUUCUUGAUUGAUUCGACCAGAUGACGGUCGGCGUGACCCCAAAGUCCAAAGUUGGUUCAGACAAUAAAUUUGGUCAGUUUUGAAAUUAAAACUUUUUUUUUCAUUGUUUUUUAUUAUCAGGGUAAAAAUUGGCUGUCGUCAAACUGAUACUUUUCCGCAGAGUUCACUCUCACCAACCCGCUGGGCACUCAAGUUCAGAAAAAUCAUUUUUCAACUGUCCGUGCAUCAGCACUAGCGUUUAUGAUCAGAACCGUUCAUAUUUAAUUGAAUGAGGCAUGAUGACUGGUAAAUCUUCGUAACCGCACAGAGACGAUAUCUUUCUUGCCCUGUUAAGACAUAGUAUCUUCAACGACGCGUCUGCAAAUUAUACACCGUUCGAAGAGCCAUUCUCACGUGAGCUCUGGAAAUCAUACAGUCCUGCAGACUAGAGUGCCCAUCUCAGAGUGUACGUUCUUUUGGUAGCGAAGCGAAUGAUAUUAAGAGAUGAGUGCCCGAUGUUGUUCGUCUACCAUCACUUAUCCACAAACUUAUUGCAUCCCUACUUCUGUUCGCACAUGAGAGAUGAAGGCGCACAAGAAAGGUUUUAUUUAAGUGGUCAUUGUUGCAGCGAAGUUGUUCCCAAGAACACAAAUGCAUGCACUUUGUGCUCGGAAAAUGAUUGCCGAUUGAGAAACAACCGUUCAAACCAGUGUUUUGAUGUGGUUUUUAUGUCGUUUGGAAACGUAGUUCAUUCGCAUUUUGGUAUGAGCUCUCGAUCGUACAAAAUGAAUCCGCUCCAGAGACACGAGUUGAACUGUAUAGAUAGGCUCUUUCUGCGAGGUAUUAAAAAGUGAUUUCAAUGACCAAUCGGUCUUCGAAAUCUAGUGAUCAUGGCUGUAGAUUUAGUGUUUUUCACUUAAAGGCAAAUGCAUUUCGUAGGUACUUUCAGAUGAGCCUUUCGUGACAAUGCGUCGCAAAAACAAGCAGAGAAAAAUAUGUAAAAAUAGUCUGAAAUCUCUAAUUACGUGCGUGGAGACCUAUAAACUUAGAUGCUCCUCUUCAAUAUCAUCGUCCGUUUGGCCAAUAGGUAUGACCUGAUACAAACUAGUUUGUUAUAAUUAUUAUUCCGUUUCGAUCGUAACUAAAAAUAGAGGCAUAAUGCAUGUUUAGAUGUUUCUGAAUAUGAAAGUAAUACAUGUUGACAAAAAUUGUAAUUAUACUUCCGAAAAAAUUACAAAUCUGUUAAAUAAGAAGGAAAUACCACCCCCCCCUCACUUAAAAAUGCCAGCCUUCAUUAUGCAACCACCCAACAGAACAGAUUGCAAUUACUUAAAUUACAUGGUACAAUAAUAAUUAUUCUACUGCAUCAGAUUGUUGUGUAUAUUGCCUGAUUACUGAUUGAAGGUGCGCUUCUCAUUGAAGUUUCUUGCAAUACAGUUAAAAAAAAAUUCAAUUCUUCGUUGCAUUACAAACUGCUUAUCUUUCUGACGCAUGGAACUGCUCUUAUUGGUAAUUUAAAAUCAACUUUUAUUCACCAAAUUGUAUAAAAAUGUUGCAAUUUCACAGUAAAGAAAUGAUAAUUCUGUUGCAUGAUAUACCUACUAUUUUUAUUUCAAUAUUUUCAUUGUUCUAUGCUGAUUGAACAGUUUUGAAAAUGCCGUUAAAAUUGAAAUUAUAGUGAUGGCAUUGAAAAGUGAUUACACCAUGCAGAUAACAUUCCAUUAUGUUUAGUGAUGUAGAAAAGUGUACAUCAUUUCGGAAUAAUUCCAAUCUCGCAAAACAUAUUUAUUUGAGUCUCGGGUUCGUGGGGCUUCAUAUUUACCUCUUUUAACAUUUACUUCAACCAUUGUCCGCAGAGGUUGGAUCAUUCAUAAAUGAAAUUAUGAAACGCAAAAUGUCACUGGAAACAGGAACCAUUUUUAUGCGUCAUUAUAUGUCCAUUCGUGCUUUUUAUGCAACGCCCCAGGGAUCAUUUCUCAAAUCUUGAUCUCAUUUAUAUGUUCUCUUAAUCAAAACAAGGAUUUUAAAAAUUAUGUAUUGAGGCUACGCCUGUAAACACUCAAAAACUCUGUCUCCCGCAGCCCAAAAGAUGAUUUUGUGAUGUUGAUCCGAGUUUAUUUUUCAGAGGAAAUCGUAAAAGUCGGACAUUUCUCUAAAAUCAUCUCACAUUUUUUUUUGUAAUCAAGUGUUUAUAGAAUUGAUUUUUAUGUUCUUUACUUUCAGUUGAAGUGUUGGGUGUUAAAAACACAUUUAAUAAAAUGUAAUUCAAUUGGAAAAGAGUGCCCUUUUCGCACUAAACACCUCAAUUUUUGUCUUAGUCAAUCCAAUAAUGCUUGAGAGAAAAUGUGACUCCUGAGGGAGGAGAUCGAAAUUUUUUUGGUUGUAUCCGAACUUCAUACCCGUCUAUUGAUUUUCGCCUUAAGUUCCGAUAUUUCUACCUUUUUUAAGCUUUAAUGUUAAGCAGUGUGUGAAAACGGCUGUGCCUCUACCACAUUUUUGGUAUCUUAGAAUGUCUUUAGUAGUGUAACUAUUUUGUGCGAACACCGUAAGAAUCCACUAUACAAUGCUCAAAUUAUUAGAAUAUUAUAAAUGGAUAAAGGGAAGAUUCCGCAUGUGAACGCAAAAAAAAAAAAAAAUUAAAGCCACCUGAAUGUAAUGCAACGAAAAGUGUAUGAGAAGCAAUCUACAUAAUUUUUGAGCAAAAUUGAAAGAUAUGAGGAAAAAAAGAGAACCCAGGGAUAAUCAACCAUUUCUGCUUGACUGAUCCCAACCCCCCCCCCCCCCCCCCNCCAUAUUUUUUUUAAACCUAAAUAUGACAUAAUUGAAACCAUUUUUCUUGUCCCUCUCCAUUUCGCUGUAAGGUUUGCAAUACAUUCGUGUAUCUUCUAAUUGAGUAUGAUGUGAGCAAGAGAACACGCUGAUUCACUUGUUGCAUGUUGCCAAUAAGUCGGGUUUUUGUAGUCUCCUUCAAUGCCCAAACGAUUACCUACCUGACCCAUAAAAUGACGCACAAUAAUGUUGAGUGAUAAAUUUUUGAACCUAUUGAUCAAGAUCCGAUCUUGAUCUCGAGGAAUACUUCAUUGCGUUCAUCCAUUCAGUUCCCUUUUCAAUUGCGUGUUUUUAGAGUGUUGUUCAGGAAAAAAGAUAGAUAACAAUUGCCAAGGUACCUGAACUUCUCCCGGUGAGAAAUUUGAGGAUCAUACUCGGUUGCGGAACAUUUCAGAAUCUGGUCAAAAAUUUUUCACUGGGCUAUGGUAUGUACUGUUACCGUAUUUUUUGUAUUUAAAUGAGAUGUUGUUAAUACUUGUAUCAUAAUUUUUUUUUGUUUAAGUAAAGUAAGUAAUACCUGUGUACAGAUUGUUGUAUUAUUAUACGAGAUAAAUGACAGUAAAUAUAUAAAUAAAAUGGAAAAUGUGUAAAUUUGAUAAAA